AGUAAUAAAAUGAUUGACAAAUUAACCAUGCACUUUCUGAGGCCCAGUAACAAUGGCGGAGAGGUUCUAAUAGUGAUUUAUCCCACCUCCAACAAAGGCCAGGCUUAUGUUGUUUUUGAAGAAGAAGAAGUACCAGGGGUCUUGGAACAUAAUCAUGUUUUGGAACUGGAUAGUCAGUUUUACCCACUGGAUGUUAAAAAGAUGCAUCAGCCUAAAACAAAGGUUAAAGUCUUGGGAGGAGCCUGUGAGGAAGCAGCUAAAAAAAUUUCAAAAUUCAUGAACGAGAUGAGCUCAUCUCUAUGUACGCAUGAAAUAGACCUGAAAAAACUUGACUCCAGUCAGCAGAGACACAUUUUCCAGAACGCUUACUCAUUCCAAAGGAUCUACAGUGUUUUAAUUAGGAAGGAAAAUUACAUUAUUAAAGUGGUGGGGUCCUCUAAAGACAGUUAUGACGCGAAGGAAAAGCUUCUUGGACGGGAGGUUGAUAAUGCUCAGCCAGGACACUUUACAAAGAGCAAUCUGCGACGCAGCAGGUCCUUGCCAAGACCAAAAACAAGGGCCAGAGAGGAGAACACAGACUUAGGGCAAAGUCCUGAUGCUGUGGACACUACUACUGUUAGUAGCUCCUCUGCCUCACAUUCCCGAACGGAGUCUCAGUUGCAGCAAGAAGUACAAAAGGAAAGAGGUCGCAAGCCCACUAAAUCCUCUACACCACGUAUCAGGGCACACAGCUCCUCUCGGUUACAACACAAAAGUCAAAGCAGAUCAAUCCAAGAAGCAUCAAGUUCUGAUCAGCAGGAUUUGACACCCUCUAAAGAAGUUCAGACAUCUAGACAAAAACUGCCUAAAAUAAUACCUCCUCUUUUUUCAGAUAAUUUUUUUAAAAAUACAAAGUCACGCUUAAGAAAAUGACUGAAUCCAGUACAUCAAUAAUUAGCCCAGACUGAUCACAUCAAGUUAUCAUCCACUGUAAAACACAGAACUUAAAUAAAAUUGGUCAGAGACCUUGCUAUUACCUCUACUUUAAGAAAGGGACGAGACUCUAUGCUGACAAUGCUAUUUGCGUAAACCGGGCUGGUUCAGGUGUUUAGGGUUGGAGCUAAACUCUGGCCCUCCAGGAACAGGUUUGGACACCCCUGGCCUGGCCUAAACACAUCUAUUUGUACUCACUCUUGAGCACUUUGCAACAAUCACUGUGAAUGCGUUGUAGUUUUUGUCUCAUAUGACGAAGAAAAUCAGUAUAUCCAAAUAACUUAUUUUAGCUGUUGUUCACCUCUCUGAUAUAUUUUUCAGUAUUUGCACUCCACUCGAUGUUCAGUUUUUUCCUGCACUGCUGAUUUGUCAAGACUCUCGGUCAUUACCAUGGGGACUCGAUGAGGAAGUGUCUUUUUCUCCAUUCUACAGGAAGUGAGGCAGGCCCUGUGGUUGAUUUAGGGGCUGAGCCCCUCCCUGUUAGAAAAAAUGAAACAAGAACCCAGGCUUUUGUGUUAAAAAUGAUAGAAUGUGAGAAAUACACUAAUGAGUGCUUUUGUUUUUCCUGUAGAUUUAUGAAA